AUGUUUGUACCGACUAGAUCAUCGUUAUUAAAAUCUCACGAUGAAAAAAAGUGCGAAACUGUUGUAUUUGAAAAUAAAAAACCCAAAAAAGUUAGUGAAAAUAAAAUGGCGGUUGUCGACAGCGAUAAAAAAUUAAUUUCUUCAAAAGGAAAAUUAAAUAAGGAAAAAAAAAAUAAAGACAAUUUAACGAUGAAAAAAUUACGUUACGACAUAAUUAAAUUUGGUACUUCGGGUUUUUCGGGUGCUAAAAAAGAAGAAUCGAAAGUUGCAUUGGCUGUUUCUUUGGGUGCCGUACCUCCCAAACGUAAAUAUCUCAACUAUAAAGAACUUCUACAUUGCAGCUCAUCAUCAACUAUUAAUCGAACAUCACUUGAGUCGGUGCAACUUCAAGCAAUAGCUGACAAAAUACAGUGA